GCUGAGGACGCUAUUCUGCGACCACACCGAUCCAGCCAAAAUAGCUCGUCAGCUCCCGUCGGCCCAAAGUGUCGCCGGUUCAGAUAACACAGAGAGCGCAAACAAACACAAACAGAUCAGCCAUGAAGAGCGCACCGCUGCUUCUGGCUGCCGUCGCCUGCUGUGUCGGCAUUGCCAGCCCGCUGCCAGCCGCGCCCACCAUCGGUCCGAUGACGAAUGACGCCUCCCCCGCCUCUGCCCCCGCCCCGUCCGACCCGCCCGUCCCGUCCGGCGGUACCUCCGGGCCGGCAGUACCGCUGGCGGUCCCCAGGCCGGUGCGCCGGUCGGCCCCGGCGGCCGGCCCGCCGCUAGAGCCGCUGGCCGGUCCGUACCUGGGUGCUGGUGGCGUGCCGCUGUCCUCAGCUGCCUACCAGGCCCAGCCGAGCUGGCCGCAGCAGCCUCAGAAUGAGCUGCAGUACCUGGGACAGCCACCGGCUCAGUACAUGGGACAGCCGGCCCAGUACCUUGGCCAGCCGGGAACCCAGUACAUGGGUCAGUCAGCCGCUGAGUACUACGGCCAGCCCGGGGCUCCUCAGUACCUCGGCCAGCUCGCCUCUGAAUACCUGAGCCAGCCAGCUCAGUACAUGGGCCAGCCCAGCACACAGUACCUGACCCAGCCUGGUACUCAGUACCAGGGCCAGCCGGGUGUCCAGUACCUGACCCAGCCUGGUACUCAUUACCAGGGCCAGCCUGGUGUCCAGUACCUGGGUCAGCCUGGUACCCAGUACCUGGACGAGGCGGAUGCCCCGUAUGCGGGCCAGCCGGGUCAGGUGAACCCGCUGCCGGCCGGCGGCUCUCAGUACGUCGAGCAGGACACUGACGGCUCAGACCUGGUCAACUUCCUGCUCCAGUACCCCGACCUGCUCGAUUCAAGCCGGUACGAGCCGCAGUACGGCGAGUCGGCCGAGUAUGCCGACUACUCGAGCGGAGGAGACGCGUGGCAGAGCGUCGACAAGCGACCGGCGCCCGCCGCUGAGCAGCGCACCGCUCCCGUCACAGAGGACACCCUGCUGCGGCAAAUAGACGGUCUGCGGGCGCCGCAGCCGGCCGCGCGGGCUGUGUCCUCCACCUCUGCCUCCUCCACAACCACCACCACCACCACCACCACGACCACCACCACCACCCGGCCGACCACGACGCUGAGCAGCCGGGCGGCGGCCGGUGUGGGCGCCGGCACACGCGGCGGCAUGGCAGAGGUGCCUCUGUACGGCACCUCUUCGCGACGACAGGCCACGGCCGGCCACCUGCAGCUGGCGCCUCAGCGGCGGUCGGCAGGGCCCGGAGCCGAGCAGCCCUCCACAGAGUCGGCGUACGACACCAUCAAGAGGUUUCUCGUCAUGGAGGACGCGUUGAGAAAGCUGUCGAAGCGGUCAGCAGCCGGCGCGUCAGGCCGGGGGCCCGCGUCUGAUGAGCUCUCGCGGCAGCUCAGCGACCUCCAGAGGAGAGACACGUAACUGUCUCCCGCCGACAACGCAGCGAAAGAGACAACGCAGCGCCCGCAGAGAUGAGCCCGAGCGGUCCAGAGCCAAAAUGUCAUGCAGCCCAACAACCCGAGCUAAAAAUCAACGUAAACCGACGCAACCGCGAGCUAACAAUCAAGGCAAACCUAGCGCUGAAGCAGCAACUACGGUCGGCCUUUGUUUAACAGCCCAGUCUCAGUUGCUGGUGGUCGGAAAGAAGCUGCGCUAGCAAGCUAUCCUGCCAGGUCCUGCUAGCCGCACUAAUCGGUCCAGCCUGGUCCGGCCAACCCUAUCAAUCGGCCCGGAUUAGUCCAGCGAGCCCGACCAAUCGACCCACUCGGCGUCUGUCGGAAAACACCUUGCGGUAACCGAAGAAACUCGACCAACAAAUUCGGCAACAGCGUAACCCACAACUGGGGAACAGCGGGGUGCGGGUGGCAUCGAUAAGGCGUUUCGAGGUGUAUAGCUCGGACAGCGGGGCGAUCAGUAUGUUUGGGCCUCAGGUCCGUCAUGGGGACCUAGAUUCCGUCAUUUGGUGUCAAUGUUCAUUCCAAUCAGGGUAAUCGUAGAACAGUGGAAGAAAGCGAGAGAGAGAAAGCGAGAGAGAGAGAGAGAGAGAGAGAGAGAGAGAGAGAGAGAGAGAGAGAGAGAGAGAGAGAGAGAGAGAGAGAGGAGAGAGAGAGAGAGAGAGAGAGAGAGAGAGAGAGAGAGAAAGCAAUGCGAGCGAAACAAUAUAAUAGAAGCUAGUGUAUGUCGCCGCUGCGUAGCGAAUUUCCAGAAUAAGUAGGUACCUUCAUGUGAUGUCAACGUAUGAAUCGUAUGUCAAGGGGGCUCUCCCGAAUGCCUUGUUUAUCGUCCCACGCUGAUUUUGUGAAAUGGGUGGGCGUCAGCAUUUGUCUUGGCUCAUUUUAAGCCACUGACAUUAUUCUAAAUAAGAUAUCCCCGAGAAGCUUUACAUGAUAUUGUGGCUGUUGUUAACCUGUUUACCUGCGUGCGUGAAGUGUGUGUUCUUACGGGUCCAGUGUUGAGCUGACAUGUGAAUGGAGCUCCUUAUCGAGUGAUAUACGAUACCUGUAUGUGCGGUCGCUGAGUGGCAGCGGAGAGGCCCACCGGCCGACCCACCAGCCUCCAGAGGGUAGGUGCGGUACCCACGAGUGUGUGCGAUACCGCUGGGACCCCGGUACCGCGCAGGGGGUGAUGUGAUUUCUCCGCGAAGCCGCCAGUGUGAUGCAUGGUGCAUUAUCCAAUUAUGUAUAGCGCAACGUACUCGUGUUGUACAUAUGUAUAGUUAUCAACGUAUAAUGUAUAUUAUAUUUUCAACUAUUUAAAUGAAAUAUAUACUACCAACAAA